AUGAAUUGUCCCCCACUAAGGUCCAACGCGGAAGGAGCCAAGAUGUCGCUGGCAGGGGCCAUGAUUCAUACUAAUAUUUUCAAAGAAACAAAAAAUACCUGUUACAAUUCAAAAAUUUUUAAGUUACCUUCUAAAAAAAUUAAAAAUUACUAUAGGCAGGCCAUGCUCGCCAUAGAAAAGAUUAAUCAACAUUGUUCCAUUGCUAACUCCCUUGUUUCUGUCUGCUGCUAUAGGUACAUCACAGUGAAUGAGACAACAUCAAACAAUAUCUUCUAUUACUUCAUCAAAUCAGAAAGGAACUCAACAACAGAUCCCCUUAUAUUCUGGUUAACAGGAGGACCUGGCUGCUCCGGCUUUAGUGGGCUAGUGUUCGAGAUCGGUCCUGUGAAAUUUAAAGUAGAAGAGUACAACGGAAGCCUACCAACCUUGGUGUACAAUCCUUACUCAUUUACCAGGAUCGCAAGUAUCAUUUUCAUAGACUCGCCGACCUUCACCGGUUUUUCAUACUCGAAUUCCACCGACGACCAUUUUACCGGAAACUCCAAGAACUUUGAAGAAGAUUAUGUGUUCCUGAAAAAGUGGCUUGGGCAACACCCAGAGUUUCAGUCGAACCCACUGUACAUAGCAGGGGAUUCCUAUGCCGGCAUGAUCAUCCCUGCUCUCACCUACAGAAUAGCAAAAGAAAUGGAGGAUGGUACAGAGACCAUCUUCAAUCUUAAGGGCUACUUUGAGGGCAACCCAACCACCGACAACAAUUUUGAUGCUUCUGCAGUUCCAUUUGUUUAUGGAAUGUCACUCAUCCCCACAUCACUAUACGAGGCAACAAAGAAGUGCUGCAAUGGGCAAUACUACGAUCCACCGAACGAGAACUGCAGCAGUCAUCUUGAGCUAAUAGAUGAGCUGAUUGCAGAGGUAAACCAGCCACAUAUACUAGAGGAGUACUGUGGAUACAUAUGGUCGCCACAGCAGAGGCCGAGGCUAGCGUCCAGGCGUGCUGUCUAUGAGUUCGAGUCAAUCCACCAUUACCCUUCCAACAUUCCUCCCACAAGCUGCAGGGAGUAUGGCUAUUAUCUUUGCUACAUUUGGGCGAACGAUGAGACAGUGAGAGAAGCACUUCAUGUUCGAAAGGGAACAGUGGGUGAGUGGCAAAGAUGCAGCAAAAGGUUCAUCUACAACAAGGAAUGGGCGAGCGUCAUACACUACCAUCGUGCUCUCCUCUCCAAAGGCUACCCUGCUCUUUUCUACAGUGGCGACCAUGAUAUGGUAGUAUCCCACGUCGGCACCCAGGGAUGGAUCAGCUCCCUCAAUUUCACUGUUGCCGAGCAAUGGCGUCCCUGGUUUGUUGAAAACCAAGUGGCAGGGUAUACAAGGAAGUAUGCGCCAAAGGUCACAUACGCCACCGUAAAGGGUGCUGGCCACACCGCGCCGGAGUACCGUCCCAAGCAGUGCUACCACAUGUAUGAGAGAUGGCUUUCAGGGCAAGCUCUUUAGCAUCUCUUUAAGUUCCUUUUUUUUGGGGUUAUGUCAU